CUUCGGUUUUGCACGCGGAUUUAGUCAUGUGCAAUGAAUAUAAUACUCGACGUAGAAGAUCUAAUUUCUCCCGACGAACCCGUGAUGCCACUAAAAAAAAGGAACAUUGCGAAUCCAUUAAUUAAUGAAGAACGAGAAAAGACUCGCGUUGGAAUGGCCCUACCUCGUGCUUGUCGCAAAGAAAGUACAAGAAAUGCUUCAAGUGUUGACUUGAGUCGAGCAGCGUUUCUAUACGAUUGCAGAAUUGACUACAGCCAGGCUUGGCUCACUCCGCGAUUUCGUCGCUUUGCUACAGUGCAUAUUAAGGAGGAGACAGACAAUAUGCAGCAAUCUACCUGUCAGAUGGAGAUCAAGUGUGAGGCUCAAAUUAAAGAGGAGUCCUCAUGCUUGGAUGAGGAGUGCAGCAUGAGUAAGGCGGUGAUGCUGGCCGGCCUGUAUACUAACCACAAGCCGUUAUAUUCGGACAGCACAGGCUGUGGUGUGAGUGAGGCAGAAAAGCUAGCUGAUAAGAUAAAGGAGGAGACACUGUGUUCAGACGGCAUGGAGUGUGGCAUGACUGGCAUGAGAGAGUCGGCCAUUCUGGCCGGUGUGGAUACUGAUCGUGAUGUAAAGAAUGAGCUUGUGCUCGGAUCAGAGCAUGUGAAGGAAGAACCUUUGUCGCAUAGCAAAGAGUAUGAAAUGAGUGAGGCGGCCAUGCUGUCAGACUUGUAUGCUGAACAUGUCGUAAAGGAUGAGUUAGUGCUGGGGCCGGAGCACCCACAUCGGCCAGAUGUAUCUCUGGUAGGCCUCGAAUCAACAUCUGGCUUCUGUGACGUGCAACCUCUACCACACUACCUCGGAGACCACAAUUAUGCAAAAGAAUCUUCAACAGCUGUAGAAUCAACAUCUGUCUUCUGUGACGUGCAACCUCUACCACACUACCUCGGAGACCACAAUUAUGCAAAAGAAUUUUCAACAGCACUAGAUGACAGUAAAACCUAUUAG